GAAAAACAGAGAGAAAGAACAACAGGAUAUUGUCCCGUUCUGGUCUGCGUGCCAACUGUGACAAAAUGUUGUUUUCUCCUUGGUUUGGGGAUUCUUGUUGGCUUUUACUUGUCCUGGGUGAGCCUGAAAACGUUAAGAUGUUUUUAAAAUUUUUCCAGUUAGUGUGGAAACCUUGAGUGUCUGGGAGCAAGGUGGUGUCCCAUGCCCUGGCACAAACAUUCCUGUCCUGGGGGAUGAUUCUCUGAGUCAUGCAGAGGAAAAGAAGCGUUCUGAUGUGAAAGACAACAGGAAGGCGUUCAGCACGCUGUGUGCCAGCAGGACACCUGCAGAGCUGCCGCAGGGGUGGAAGUGAGCCACAGGCUGCAUGGAGAGUGCUGAGAAAACUGCACGGCUGCACAAAUCUGACGCCAAAGCAGGGCUCUAUUUUUGGCCUCGGCUCUGCGUUUCUGACACCUGUAGGGACGCGUGAAGCGCACACGAGCCUUGUGCAGCACCUCCGGGAGCGGAGGAGCCGCCGCAGGGCACGGGAGCGCAGCGGAGCGUUCCUGCUUAGCCAACAGGAUUAAUUAUAACCCAGGAAUAUGAACCGUAAAUGUGCUGAAGCUGCCAAGACGGGAGCUGGGUGUGUGCCAGCGCCUGAAUGAGGACACACCAUCCCGUCAGGACUCUCCGGGAGCAGCGGGCAGCACCGAGGUACGCGCGGAGCCCCACGGAGGGAGAUGGACAAAUGGGGGUGCGGCAGGAGGACGGUAUACUUAUAAGAUGCAUUCUGUGAUCUCUACCAGUGAACCGGCACAAGCAAUUCCUUUCUAAGCUCACUCUAGGGACUGCAUCUUGGUCCUUGUACUGCUUGAACUCCCAGAGAAAUAAUUACACAAGGCCUAUUACCUACUGAGAAAUAAAAUGACUGAGUUCCUGGUUUGUUUUAACUGGUGCAAUGGUGAACAGCCCCCGCCGAAGAGGCGUCGGAGACUGGACCGGAAUAUGAUAGGAGAGCCAAUGAACUUCGUACACACGGCGCACGUCGGGGCCAGAGAGAUGAGUGGUGACUAUUCCUCAGUGGCUGCUGAUGAGGGGAUCCUGCACGCCUCUGGAGGUGGAGUGUCUCCAGUAACUAAGGAUUACUGCAUCAUUUACAAUUCUAACUGGGUAUCUCUUCCAAAAACCUUGGACAAUGCUACUUUCAGGACUCUGGAAAACCUGACUUCUACAGUCCUCUGCAAUUCAUCUGAAGUUCCUUCUGGCGUAAUGAAAGACAAAGCAGUUGUAGUGAUGAGAGGAAACUGCACUUUCUUGGAAAAAGCAAGAAUUGCACAAAGUUUGGGUGCUAAAAUGCUGUUGAUUGCCAGUAAAUCUAGGCUGUCUGCUAUUUCAGAUAACAAGACUGAUUUUGAAGAUGUGACUCUUCCAGUUGCUCUUAUAAGAUAUAAUGACAUAGUAGAUAUGCAGCUGGUGCUUGGAAAUGAAGUUAAUGUGACUCUGUAUUCACCACCUUUGCCAGAGUUUGAUUACAGUAUGGUUGUCAUCUUCCUGAUUGCUGUGUUUACAGUGGCACUGGGAGGCUACUGGAGCGGAGUAGCAGAACUUGAGAAUCUCAAAGCAGUAGCGAGUCCCGGGGAGAGAGAAACCCGACGGAAGAAGGAAGAAAAUGUUACUUUCACCCCUGUAACAGUUAUCUUGUUUGUUGUCAUCUGUUGUGUCAUGCUGGUCUUACUUUAUUUCUUCUACAAAUGGUUAGUAUAUGUUAUAAUAUCAGUCUUCUGCCUGGCAUCUGCGAUGAGUCUGUACAACUGUCUUGCAGCAUUAAUAGGAGAAAUCCCAAUUGGGCAGUGCAGGGUUACAUGUUGCAACAAAACCAUUGAAGUGAGGCUUAUUUUUCUUGCUGUAUUCUGCAUAGCAGCAGCUGUUGUCUGGGCAGUAUUUCGAAAUGAAGAUAGGUGGGCGUGGAUUUUGCAAGAUACUUUGGGAGUUGCUUUCUGCCUAAACUUCAUUAAAACACUGAAAAUGCCCAACUUUAAGUCCUGUGUAAUACUUCUAGGCCUCCUCCUUCUAUAUGAUGUGUUUUUUGUCUUCAUAACACCAUUUAUCACAAAGAAUGGGGCAAGUAUAAUGGUUGAAGUUGCAGCUGGUCCCUUUGGAAACAGUGAAAAGAGUGAUGGAAACUUGGUGGAAGUCCCUACUGAACGCUCAGCUCCCCAUGAGAAAUUACCCGUGGUUAUUAGAGUGCCUAGACUGGAACACUCUGCGUCGACACUCUGUGACUUGCCCUUUUCAUUGUUGGGUUUUGGAGACAUUAUUGUCCCAGGGCUUCUGGUUGCCUAUUGUCGAAGAUUUGAUGUUCAAACAAGAUCAUCUUCUGUAUACUACAUUUCCUGCACAAUAGCUUAUGCUGUUGGUAUGGUGCUGACUUUUGUUGUCCUGGCAUUGAUGAAGAUGGGGCAGCCUGCCCUUCUCUACCUUGUACCAUGUACACUCAUCACGAGCUCCCUCGUUGCCUGGAGGCGCAAAGAGAUGAAGAAGUUUUGGAAAGGAAGCAGUUACCAGAUGAUGGAACACCUGGAUUACACAGGAAAUGAAGAAAGCACAGCAUCAGCCACUGAACAGCCUGGAGGACAGUAAUAUUUGGGAUCCUGAUUUAAAAUAGCAUUUGAAUUUUUGCCAGCUGAAUUACAGUAAAUUUGGUGAAAUUUUACAAUAGAGUGUUUCCCCACUCUGUGUAAAAGGGUUUUUUAUUCCUGCACCUAUAUUUUUAUGGAAAAUACUGUUAAUAACAUGGAAGUAAUCAAAAUAGAGUUGCAUUUUUACAGCCAAACCAUAGCUAGUAACACCGUGCCUUAUUUCGAUUUAAAUAAAAGGAUAUUUUCUAUGCAA